AUGCAGCCUUCGCAGGAGAACCAAAGCAAUCAGCCUGAUCGGCCGGGAACUCCGCCGCGCCCGCCGUACUCUCCCGUGACUCCUGUCUUUGCCCAUCUUGUGCCUGCCACGAACGCCGCCACGGGGAACGGCGCUCCUCACCCUAUUGUUCCUCCAGCUGCGUCGCCUUCGCCAACAACAAGAGUACCUCCUUAUGGUUCAUUAGCAGACUUCACCCCGCCGGCUGCAGCACCCGUGUUCGCGCCCGAACCAGCCGCCGUCCCGAUCUCGGAGAGCGAGAACCCGGAUGCCAUUGCUCUGCGAUCCGCGAUUUCUAUCCUUCAGCUCCAGAAGCAGCAAAGCAUGCGGGAUAUUAAGACUCUAGAAAAGUUCAAGAAAGCUGCAGCAGAGGAUCCAGAAGGGUUCGCCCGCGAACUGGCAGCAGGGAAUCUGUCGGCUAAGGAUACAGGGGCUUUCAUCAACUUCACUCAUGACAAAGACUCGGAGGACGAGGAUGUAGAAAGUCCCAAGAGAGGCGUUUAUUCUGGGCUAGGCACCCUGCCCACACCGCAGAAUGUUGUCCGCAUGCCCCCCAUCAAUUGGAACAAAUACCAGAUCGUGGGCGAACCGUUGGAUAAGAUGCACGAGGAGCAGCGGAGGCGGCCGUCGUCCGGUGAACCCAGACGCGACGAUACUGCUCAAAGAGCGCCGGAGCAUGUUGUAGCUUCGCCGUAUCGGCCUCUAGUGGACAAGCUGGAGAGUCCGGGAAAGAACAAGGGAACUAACAGAAACAAGAAGACUUGA